UCUGUCUAACUGAAGAUGCCUGUCAUCUGUGAACAGGCCAAGACUGGAAAUUACAUGAAAAUUGAAGUAUUAUUUGGAAGAUCCAGGACAAAGCUGAAAUUUGCCCCUCAGAGAAUGGUCUUUAAUAACUCAUCACUUAGUUUCGGCACUCGAGUGAAAUGGUUUGCGAUAUGCUUUGUUGGUGGCAUCGUAUGUUCUAUUCUUGGGACAGCACUGUUAUGGCUUCCAUCAGGACUGAAAUUGUUUGCUGUUUUCUAUACCCUAGGAAAUGUUGCUGCAUUAGCCAGUACAUGCUUCCUGAUGGGACCUAUAAAGCAGCUGAAAAAAAUGUUUGAGCCAACAAGAUUAAUUGCAACACUCGUUAUGCUGUUUUCCUUUAUAGCUACACUCUGUGCUGUGUUCUGGUGGGGUAAGAAGGGUUUGGCCGUGCUAUUCUGCAUAGUGCAGUUCUUGGCUAUGACAUGGUAUAGUCUGUCAUACAUUCCUUACGCAAGAGAUGCUGUGAUGAAAUGCUUCACUUCCUGCCUAAGUUAAAAAAAA